AUGGCGGAUGCGACGAAGCCUCUCCACCCGGUCCUGCAGGCGGUUGACGACGGCAACCUCCGCCUCCUCAAAGAGACGGCGGGCGUCGUGGCGGACGACGGCAUCUGGUCGCGCGCGCUGGUUCUGGCGGCCAUGAAUGGGCGGCUGGACGUCUGCCGGUGCCUCGUCGAGGACCUCCGCGUCGAUGUCAACCAGCGCACCUUCACAGGUGAUACAGCUCUGGCCAUUUCUGCAGCUUAUGGGACAGCUGCUAUCACAAAAUAUCUUCUAGAUCGCGGCGCUGAUCCAACUUUAGUUGGUGCCCUGUGGCCACCUCUUCAUGGUGCUGCAAUGAGUGGAGAAUGUGAAAUACUAGAACUGCUGCUUUCAGCUGGAAUUGAUGUGGAUUGUUUCGAUUCUGUGUACGGGACCCCAUUGCAUGCUGCCGCUGCUGUUGGUGAAGAUGGCGCGGUGAAUAUUUUGUUGGAGCAUCAUGCAGAUCCUGAUAAGAUUCUCAACCUUCAUAGCACCCCGCUAAAUCUGUCCAUACUUUCCAAAUCGCUGGAAUGUGUGAAGCUACUCAUUAAGGCUGGUGCUGAUGUGAAUAAAAUUGACCAUAAUGGUUAUACUUACCUGAUGGUAGCAGCGGACAUUUGCUUACCUGGUAUCAUGAAGUGCUUACUAGAUGCUGGUGCUAACCCCGAUAUUCCUGAUCCAUUUGGUACAACUGCAAUUGAAAUUGCUGCCCUCCGAGGCAGAAGGGAUAUGGUUGAGAUGUUAUUUCCUUUAGCUUCUACUAUUUCAACGUUGCCGGAUUGGAGUGUUGAUGGAAUUAUUUGUCAUGUGAAAUCAUGUGGUUUGCCGAAGGAUAUACAUCUAUGUGAAAAGAAAAGAGCUGAACUGAAAUUGCAAGCUACAGAGGCUUUUAAGAGAAAGGAACAUAUGAUAGCGGUAGAGCUAUAUACUUGUGCAAUGAAUUUUGAGCCAAGUGCAGAAGAUCUUGCAAUCCUCCUAGCAAAUAGGAGUUUAUGUCUGCUGCACUCGGGAAGAGGAAAAGACGCGCUCUCUGAUGCUACUAGGUGCACAAUGUUGCGACCUCUCUGGCCCAAAGGUUACUAUCGACUAGGGGCAGCCUUAAUGUUUCUAGAGGACUAUGAAGAAGCGUCUCGGGCUUUUGCGGAUGGCUUGGAACUGGAUCCUGCAAAUGCUCUAAGGAAAGAGGAAAAGCUGGAAAAUGCCACGCAGAUGGGCUGGAAUCGUGUGUGCACCCAACUGCUGCUGCACGUGCUUGCGUACCCCGUCCCCCACCACUGCCGCGUACGACAACGGCUUCCUGCGCCUUCCAUGUUCCUGCCCCCCACCAUGACGAGUGUGCCAAAAAGCACAUCCAAAUAA